GUCACAAUCAAUGGAGGUUCCACAAGUGAAGAAAGAGAAAUCCUGAAGAAAACAAGAGAAGAUGAGGCAUUAUCAGCUGCCAUUGCAUCAAUCCAGAACAAGAAGGAUGUGAAUACUAUGUACACAGUGAAUACCAAAGGAAGUUACCCCAAACACAUGAUUCUUCUGUGGUCUCUGCAAAGACGUUAAGCAGGUGCUUACUAGAACUUUUGCAUACUAGAGAUGAGAGCUGCUAUCCAAGAUGUUUCUGAGAAACGCUGUAGCUCCUAGGUUUUGCACAGGUUUUUUGUGCUGUAAAGGAUACCGGAGAAAAACUAAAUAAGUAAACAAGAACUACAGAAAGCAUCCAUCUAAUGGCUGCUGCUUUUGUUACUUGGGGUCUGAAAAAUUACAACAAAGAAAGCCUUGAUAUGAUGAAGGAUUUAUGUUACCCACACUUCAAAUAAAAAGUACCGAGGGAUGCAUUUCAUUACUGCCCUGUGACACUGGAGAAGCCACGGCUGCAGUGGUAAUAUUCCUCAUUUGUGUCACACAGAGAAUUUAUUUGCAAGAAGAGUCCUGCUCCAAAGGUCUGGAGGAGACUGAGGAUAGAACUCAUUGCAGUUACAACUUCUUCAGGAGUGGAGAAGGAGGGACAGACACUGAUCUCUUCACGCUUAUGACCAGUGACAGGACACAAGAGAAUGAGAAAAUGAAUAGCCAAUACAUGCGUCAUGAAGUGCGGGGUUGUGAAACCAGCGACCUGAGGAACUUCUGGGAAAAGACCAUUGAACAACAAACUCAGUAUCUGCAAAAUGAAAAAGAACGUCAGCGAAGAAGUGCUCUGACAAAGCUCAGAAAUGAAUGGAUGGAGAGGCUGGAAAAACGGAUAAAGAUGUUGAGGACUCAAUCUGAAGACUCAUCCAGCUGAAGAGUCCACACUCAUGACAAGUUUUGGGGAAAAUAAAUCUGUUUUGUAGGAAAGCGUGAUGUAAAA